CUUGCUCAUGGCGGUCGCAGGUUCGCAACUUGCUGGACUUCCAGAUGCAGCUGCUCUACUGGAGGUGCUAGAGGCAGAUGACCGUCCGACCUUCAUCCUUGAGCAAGGAGCUGCCAGCCCACCUAGAAUCGUCUUCCGAAAUGCCUCACUUGACAGCUUCGUUUAUCACACCACAAGUUCAUGCGCUUUCGACAACUGGGCAGCCAUCGCCUCGGAGACAUUGUUGACCGGCAGCUCUUCCUAUUGUGGAAGAGAGUGGUCAAGCAAACAUUUCCGUAAGGCAUGGGCGAUAGUUCGUUGCGACACAACCCUGUCAACACCGCGGUCUAUCAGCACAACCAGCCUCGACAAUCCUGUCAAUACGGUCAUUCAGAACACUACAAGCACUUCGACCUACCGAGCACGCAGCUUAUCUCAACUUCAAACACCAAUGAUACCCUUGACGCCCCUCUCGCCGCUCAGCAUGUCAAAGUAUCAGCCAAAGUUGGCAGAUUGGACAUUGGCUGACGCUACUUCUCCUUGGUUUCAUUUCCUUAAGCACUUUGGUUGGUCUAACACCCCAUUUGGUGCCAUUGAAACAUGGUCACUGGAACUGCGACGCUCUACCGCCAAAAUCAUGAACUCUCCCGAUCCGCGCAUUUUCAUCUUUGGCGAACAAAGGGCUAUCAUGUACAACGAAGCUUUCGCUGCCAUCAUUGGACGGCAUCAUCCAUCAUUCUUGGGUGCCCCUCUUUUUGAUGCACAGGUUGAUGACAUCUUCAAACUCUUGCAGGAUAUGUCGCUGUCCGCUUACGACAAUGGUAAGGACGCCCAACUCACUCACCAGGAACUACUCCUUGAACGCAGCGGCUCUAUAGAGCAAACUNUUUGGAACAUCUUCCUCUCGCCUCUGCCUGGACUGGAUGGAUACUGUGACAGUGUUGUUGGCGAGUUCACUGAUGUCACAGACCUGGUCGUGCAAGAUCAACGUCGAUCACAAGGUCUAGACAUCUUCGAUUCUGUAUCGAAGGUCGAAAGCUUACCUGAGCUGUGGUCAAGAUUCUUGGGCGCUCUUGAGAAGGAUGCUCCUGAUAUUUUCUAUGCUAUGGUUUACACUGCUCUCGAUCGUUCUUCAUUCGUCCGCUCUGAUGACCUACCGACACCUGAUACCACUCCUCAUCACGCCACCCUUCAAUACGCGACUUCAUACUUUGUCAAGCGAUUUCAGCUUGCCGACUCUUUGAGAUUGCCCGAAGAUGCGCUCGAGCCGACCAUUGACCUCUCCAUAGUGGGGGACUCCAAUGCGCCAAGUCUUGCCGAUGCUUUCCGUGAAGCUCUAGAAAAAAUGGAAAUCAUUACACUAUCAGACAAAGCACUUCCCNCUGAGUUAUCGAUGCAGACCAUCCACUCUGACCCUAUCCGUUCGGCCUCCAUUCUCCCGAUCUCAGAUCUCGACGGUAAGCCACUGGCCUUUGUUGUUCUCGGACUCGAUCCAAGACGGCCAUUUGACGAACCAAUGAGCCGUUUCAUCCAAUACAUACAUGAGGCUGUUUGUAAGCAGGCUAUUCUAGUCACACUUCCUAAGAAUCAGCAAGAGUUCCAAAGAAAAUAUGAGGAGACGACUAUGGCUCUCUCACACCAACUUCGGCUCUCGAUACUGAAGGCCAAGAAGAAGGAAGAGAAAUUCCUCCGCAUCGCUAAAAGCGCGCCUCUUGGAAUGUACCUACACUCGCCGAAAGAGAGAACAAUUCAGGUCAACGACGCCUACCUCAAAAUUACUGGGACCACGAAAGAGGAUUUGAACAAAGAGACAGCACUAGAGCUGCCCUGGCUACAGACCGUGUCUGAAGAACACAUGGAUGUUGCAGUCAAAGAGUGGCAGCAUCUGAUGACUAUGAAGACCCCUUCCGCCAUCGAAUACAAGAUACGCGGUCCACCCGAUGAUCCCAAUCCUCGAUGGGUAUCUGUUACAUCUUUCCCAGACCUUGAUGAAACUGGUGAGGUCUGUUUGAUACAUGGCUGGCUUGUGGAUAUCAGUGACCGUCUGGCAAAAGAAAACCUGCUCGCUCAAAGACUGGAAGAUGCGCUCGAAACGAAGACUGCUACCGAACACUUUCUUGACAUGGUAUCUCACGAGAUGAGAAAUCCUCUCAGCGCCAUCUUCCAAUGCUCCGACGAGAUACUGGGCAUCAUAAACAGACACAUGAAUCAGUCAGGCACGUCAUCUUUGACCAUGCCACAGCUCAAAAACUUGGAAGACGCAGCUCAUACAAUCGCGCUAUGCGCUCAACACCAGAGCGGCAUAUUCAAUGACAUCCUCACCGUCAGCAAGCUUGAUUCUCAAUUGCUCACUAUCAUGCCGGAGAAAGUUCGACCAGUAGAGAUAGUGCAAAGAGCAUUGAAGAUGUAUGCACAGGAAGCUAAGAGGAGUGGUAUUACCACUUCUAUCGACAUCAGGAAUACCUAUGUCAAACACAUCUCGGACUUCAUCAUGGUGGAUCCCAAUCGACUUUUACAGAUCAUCAUCAAUCUGCUCACCAACGCUAUCGACCACACAAGAUUGUGUAAAGAACGAUCGAUCGUAAUCUCUCUGGGUGCUUCCGAUACCGAGCCGGAUGACGUCUCGAGUCAGAACGCUUUUAUGCCAGUGACCCCGAGAAGAUUGAGUAGCCCUUUGACAACUACUACAGAGCAUGACCAGUUCAGCGCUGCUUUCCGAAGCUCGUGCACUGAAGAGGAGAUUUAUCUGCACAUCUCUGUUCAAGACACGGGCUGUGGUCUGUCAGAGAGCGAGAUGUGUCAUCUGUUCAAAAGAUUCUCACAACCAAAGACCUACGGACAAUACAGUCGCCCUGGAUUGGGCCUCUUCUUGAGUAAAGAAUUGAUCGAGCUGCAAGCUGGCCGAAUUGGUGUCACCAGUACCGAAGGGAGUGGAACAAGCUUUUCCUUCUACAUCAAGUGCAGAAAGCACGUCGAAGAACCAGCACCUGCACUAUCGGCUACACCAAAACUGUCUCACAACAAAGGCCAUAGGCCUCGUAUGAGCCGUACAGAAGCCUUUGACGACAAAGAUCUCGAAUUCACUCGCCAACCCUCUCCAGUGAGAGGCUUGCACGUCUUGGUCGUAGAAGACAAUCCGCUCAACCAGCGCCUCGUGGCCAAACAGCUACGCAACCAAGGCUGUACAGUCCACACCGCCGACCACGGACUCGAUGCCUUGGAGUUCUUGUCCAAGACAAACAUCACUUCCUCUCCAUCCUCAAGCACAAAGCUUGAUAUUGUCCUGCUUGAUAUCGAGAUGCCUGUCAUGGAUGGACUGACCUGUAUCCGCAAGAUCAGAAGUUUGGAGGAAGCAGGUUUCUACACUCGACAUUUGCCUGUUAUAGCUGUCACGGCCAACGCUCGCAAUGAAAAGAUGAAGGAAGCAUUGGAGGCUGGUAUGGAUGAGGUUGUCACUAAGCCCUUCAGAAUCCCGGAGUUACUGGUGCGCAUGAGCGAGGUUGUUAGUGGUCAGCGUUCGACU